AGUCACAAGAUGGACUUGGACUUCCCACUCUCCUCCGCCUCCGACGACGAUGGCGGCGACACACCGACACCACCUGGCCGCGCCAUCUGCCACGCCGGCUGCGGGCGCCCGUCCCGCGUCUGUCUCUGCCCGCACAUUCCCCGCUCCCCGCUCCACACAUCCACCACCGUCGUCGUCCUCCACCACCCCCACGCCCUCCACCGCAACCCGCUCUCCACCCUCCCCCUCCUCGCCCGCUGCCUCGCCAACCUCCACCUCCUCCCCGGAUGGCGCCUCCGCCCCUCCUCCACCCCACUCAUCCCCCCUCCCUCCCCGAACCCCGUCCUCCUCCUCUUCCCAUCACCCGCCGCCUCCGACCUCGCCUCCUGGUGCCGCUCCACGCCUCCCUCCGCGCGCUCCAACCCCAUCCUCCUCAUCCUCGAUGGCACCUGGAAGCAGGCCAAGGAGAUGCACGCCGCCAGCCUCCCGUUCCUCUCCUCGUUCGCCAUCCCCGUCUCCCUGCCCGUAGACAGCGGCGUGGACGGGGACAGCAUGUUCGAGUCGGAGCUCGUGGUGAAGAAGGAGCCGCAUAAGGGGUGCGUCAGCACAAUGGAGGCAGUCGCAAGGGCGCUGCGGCUGCUUGAGCCGGAGGGAAGCGGUGCGGAGAUCGAGGAGACGAUGGUCAGGGUUCUCAGGGCGAUGGUGGCCUUCCAGUCUGAGCAUUUGCAGCACCGUACCAUGAAGCCGAGAGUGAAGAUGAGAAAGAAGAAAGAUAUCAAGAGGGAGGAGGAGAUGAAGAGGAAUGCCUGAUUGUUGUGAUUGAAUUUCUGCGGAUUUGCGUUCCUCUGUUGUUCAAAGGCCAUCACUGUCAAUCACCAAGGUUUUGGCACAGAACUCUGCUGCAACAGCAUAUGCCAAGACGUCUAUGGUAGAUUGGAGAAUGAUCCUUUUGUGUGUUCCCCCUAAUCCAGGAAGUUUCAAUUGUUCCUUAGUUGAAGUAUCAUGACCUAGUGAAUAGAACACCAUUUAAUUCUCAUUGUACUGUCGCCGAAGAAGUAUCAUUCCACUGAGUAAACUACACAGAUUGAUGAUACCAGCACACUGCACGAUCGAUAUUAGUACUGCUGCUAUGAGAAACUAAUGGUACCUAAAGAGCAUUUACUGGGUGUGUUUGGUUGGGGAAUGAAGUAGAAUGUAAUGUCAUGGUUCCAUUCCACUAGAAUGGGUUGGUUCUGUUCCUAUGUUUGGUUUGGACAAAUAGGUGAAAUGGAACGGUUCCAUUUUAGUGUUUGGUUAGAUAUAUGGAAUGGAAUGCAUUUUUGUUCAUCUCACCUUUUGCAUAAAAAUAAUGAUGUUUUUUUCUCACAUAUAUAUGCACAAUUGUCACUAGCCUUCAUA